GAAGCCAGGAGCGCCUCAAAGUCCAGCUGGUGGUGAGUGACUCUAACAGAGGAGCAUGGAGCUGGCAACAGUGGGGCCUGGAGCGUCAGGAAAUGGGGUCAAGACUGUGACAGCUCCACGCUCAGCACUGGGCUCCGGAGUCAGCCUGCACGCCUAUGACAUCGCGGUCCUUGUUGUCUACUUCGUCUUUGUCAUCGGCGUGGGGGUCUGGUCAUCCGUUCGUGCAAGCCGAGGCACCAUUGGUGGCUAUUUCCUGGCGGGGAAGUCCAUGAGCUGGUGGCCGAUUGGAGCCUCUCUGAUGUCCAGCAAUGUGGGCAGUGGCUUGUUCAUUGGCCUGGCUGGGACAGGAGCCGCUGGAGGCCUCGCUGUGGGCGGCUUCGAAUGGAAUAUGAGGAAAUCAAGGCCCGGAGGACGCAGAGGGACUUAUCAGAGGUCACACAGCACUAAGAUUAGGUCCCAGGCAACUUGGCUGCUUCUGGCCCUGGGCUGGAUCUUUGUCCCGGUGUACAUCGCCGCCGGUGUGGUCACAAUGCCGCAGUACCUGAAGAAGCGAUUCGGGGGCCAGAGGAUCCAGGUGUACAUGUCUGUCCUGUCUCUUGUCCUGUACAUCUUCACCAAGAUUUCCACUGACAUCUUCUCUGGAGCUCUCUUCAUCCAGAUGGCCUUGGGCUGGAACCUUUACCUCUCCACGGUGAUGCUGCUGGCAGUGACAGCCGUCUACACCAUUGCCGGGGGCCUCACAGCCGUGAUCUAUACAGAUGCUCUGCAGACGGUGAUCAUGGUGGGCGGUGCCCUGGUCCUCAUGUUUCUGGGCUUUCAGGAGGUAGGCUGGUACCCAGGCCUGGAGCAGCGGUACAGACAGGCCAUCCCUAAUGCCACAGUCCCCAAUACCACCUGCCAUCUCCCCCGGUCUGAUGCCUUCCAUAUGCUCCGGGACCCUGUGAGCGGGGACAUUCCUUGGCCAGGCCUCAUUUUCGGGCUCACAGUGCUGGCCACAUGGUGCUGGUGCACGGACCAGGUCAUUGUGCAGAGGUCUCUCUCUGCCAAGAAUCUGUCCCAUGCCAAGGGGGGCUCUGUGCUGGGGGGCUACCUGAAGAUCCUGCCCAUGUUCUUCAUCGUCAUGCCCGGCAUGAUCAGCCGGGCCCUGUACCCAGAUGAGGUGGGCUGUGUAGACCCUGACAUUUGCCGAAAAAUCUGCGGGGCCCGAGUGGGCUGCUCCAACAUCGCCUACCCCAAGCUGGUCAUAGCCCUCAUGCCUGUCGGUCUGCGGGGCCUGAUGAUAGCCGUGAUCCUGGCCGCCCUCAUGAGCUCACUCACGUCCAUCUUCAACAGCAGUGGCACCUUGUUUGCCAUCGAUGUGUGGCUGCGCUUCCGAAGGAAGGCUACAGAGCAGGAGCUGAUGGUGGUGGGCAGAGUGUUUGUGGUGUUCCUGGUUGUCAUCAGCAUCCUCUGGAUCCCCAUCAUCCAAAGCUCCAACAGCGGGCAGCUCUUCGACUACAUCCAGUCUGUCACCAGCUACCUGGCCCCGCCUGUCACCGCCCUCUUCCUGCUGGCCAUUUUCUGCAAGAGGGUCACAGAGCCUGGAGCCUUCUGGGGCCUCAUGUUUGGCCUGGCUGUAGGGCUUCUGCGCAUGAUCCUGGAGUUCUCAUACCCUGUGCCAGCCUGUGGGGAGGUAGACCAGAGGCCGGCCGUGCUGAAGGACUUCCACUACCUCUACUUUGCCCUCCUGCUCUGUGGGCUCACUGCCAUCGUCAUUGUAGCCGUCAGCCUCUGUACCACUCCCAUCCCUGAGGAAAAGCUUGCUCGCCUGACGUGGUGGACACGGAACGGUCCCCACCCUAAGCUGGAGAAGGAGGCCCUGGAGGGCACGCCAGGGACAUCAGAGAUGCCAUCUGGGGUGAGCCCUCCAGGAGGUGGAGGGAGAGAGAGCUCCAGCCAGGGCCAGGACCAGCAUGGAGCCCCGCGCAGGCGGUGGGGCAGGCUGCUGUGGGACUGGUUCUGCGGGCUGACCGGCCGCCCGGAGCCCGCGCUCAGCCCCGAGGAGAUGGCCGCACGCCAGCAGGAGCUGACCAGCAUUGCCGAGGAGCCGCUCUGGAGAAGCGUCUGCGAUGUCAAUGCCAUCCUGCUGCUGGCCAUCAACAUCUUCCUCUGGGGCUAUUUUGCCUGACUCCGCAGACCUGGCUUCAGUGGAGACAGAGUAAAC